AUGCUGAAGCUGUGUAAUACCGACGUCGUGUCGCACACCUUCGAGUGUCCACCUGACCACUUGCUUCCUGAAUUCAGCAUGCUGGACAGAAGCAGCCAGCCCUCCUGGAACAGUGAGCUGCUUGGAGAUGAGCUGCAGGAGCAGGUCUCCCAGAUACAGGAGCAGUUCGAUGAAGAGCUGGAGGAGAAAGGACAAGUCUUAUGUCAGCUGUCCAGAGAGAGAGCUGAAAAGACAGAUGUAAGCCUUGAAGUCAGCAGCACCCUUCAGAAGCCUGAGCAGGAGGAGGAGGUCCUCCAAAAGACAGCGUUAGUGCCCCAGUCUCCUGACAGGCCACCAGAAGCGGCCACUCCUCCAGCUCUAUAUGAAGAGACAGACCAGAGAGAGCCCAAUGAAUCAAAAAUCGAUGAAGAAAAGAAACUGUCCCAGAUGCUGAGUGAGCUGCAGGUAUCACAUGCGGAGACCACACUGGAGCUGGAGAAGACCAGGGACAUGCUGCUCCUGCAGCGCCAGAUCAACGUGUGCUACCAGGAGGAGAUGGAGGCAAUGAUGGCUAAAGCUGAUAAUGAAAGUAGAGAUCACAAAGAAAAACUGGAGAGACUGAGUCAACUCCUAGAUCUCAAGAAUGAUCGUAUCAAGCAGCUGGAAGGUAUUUUAAGAAGCCAUGGCCUUCCAUCAUCUGAACAGCUCAAAGAUGUUGCUUAUGGCACCCAACAGUUGUCGUGUCCAGAGACACUGGCAGCCAAAGACGACGAGGGUGAAGUGGACGUUUCUCUGCUGUGUGGGAGUGAGAAUCUCCUCGAACUACACAUCCACCAGGCUUUCCUGACCUCUGCUUCCCUGGCACAGGCCACUACCACUUUAUGCACCUAUUCUUUCUAUGAUUUUGAAACCCACUGUACCCCACUAUCUGUGGGGCCACGGCCCCUUUAUGAUUUCACCUCCCAGUAUGUGGUUGAGAUAGAUCCACUUUUUGUGCAUUACUUUCAAAGAGCCUCUGCUCGACUUGAUCUUCACCAGGUCAUUGAACACCACACCCUUGCAACUGGGUGGAUCUGCUUUGACAAGGUGCUAGGGACUGUGGGGAAGGUUCACGACUCAACCAUGCUUACUGCUGAUGGAGAAGACUUCGGGGUAUUAGAAUACUGGAUGAGCCUGCGCUUGCCCCUUAGAUCCAGCCUCCAGGCUUACAGUAAAGGAAAGCGAGCUCAGACCUACCUGUCAGUGUGUCUGGUGCCUGGAAGGCCCAGAAGGAGAAGAUCAAAACCUUGGAAACCUCAGAAUGAGCUACAGAUUGAAAUCAUCAAGUGCUGCAACAUCCACAGUAGGCAGCCGGGAGCUCAGCUGAGCCCUUAUGCCAUGUAUCACUUUUUCACGUUUUCUGAUCAUGACACUGCCAUCAUUCCUGCCUGUAAGGAUCCCUACUUUAGAGAUCGGGCUCGAUUCCCAGUGCUUGUGACCUCUGACCUGGAUCAGUAUCUGAGGAGGGAGACCCUAACUCUGUACAUUUUUGAUGAUGAAGACCCAGAGCCAGGCUCCUACCUUGGCCAAGCCCAAGUGCCCCUGCUGCCUCUUGCACAAAACAAAUCUAUUAAAGGUGAUUUUAACCUUGCUGACCCUGAGGAGAAACCCAAUGGGUCUAUUAAAGUGCAACUGGACUGGACCACUCAUUACCACCCCCCUGAGGACUACCUGACAACAGAAGCUGACAGAGAGGAGAAUGACAGCAAGGACAACUCAGAUAGCUCAUCCACAGAGGAAAAGCCUGCUUUUCUCCCCCAGGAUCAGUUGGAGUCUGCUGAGAUUCCUAUUGAAGCUGACCAAACAAAGCGAAAACUUCCUCAGGUGGAAGACAGAAAGGAGAAAGAACAUCAAGUUGCAAGCUAUUCAAGAAGAAAACAUGGCAAAAGAAUAGGUGCCCAAGGAAAAAAUCGAAUGGAGUAUCUGAGCCGGAACAUCUUAAAUGGCAAUACCCUGCAGCAGGUGAACUACACAGAAUGGAAGUUCUCAGGACUGCCAACUGAGGAUGGUUUAAAAAUAUACUCAGAGGAAACAGAACCAGAAGAUGAAGAGGAAGAGGCAGAGGCAGAAGAAGAGGCAGAAGAAGAGGCAGAAGAAGAGGCAGAAGAAGAGGCAGAAGAAGAGGCGGAGGCGGAGGUGGAAGCGGAGGCGGAGGCAGAGGCAGAAGCAGAGGCAGAAGCAGAGGUAGUGGCAGAAGAGGCAGUGGAAGAGGAAGGGACAUUAUCUGAAUCAAUACUGGAAGGAAAUGACCCCCAAUAUCCUAUAAAUGAUCAAGAAUCCUUUGAACAAACUUCUGAAGUCAGCGAACAAGCAACAGACAGUGAUGACAUCGUAGUGGCACCUAUAUCUGAGAAGUGUCCUAAGCCAGAAUCAGAGAAGAUGCGCAUUGAAAUUGUCUCCCUGGCCUUCUACCCAGAGGCUGCCGUGAUGUCUGAUGAGACUGUGAAGCAGGUGUAUGUGGAGUACAAGUUCUACGACCUGCCCUUGUCAGAGACAGAGACUCCUAUGUCGCUGAGGAAACCCAGAGCAGGGGAGGAGAUCCACUUCCACUUCAGCAAGGUGAUAGACCUGGAUCCAGUGGAGCAGCAAGGCCGACGGCAGUUUUUGUUUGCCAUGCUGAAUGCCCAAGACCCUGAGCAAGGACAAUUAAAAUUUACAGUUGUAAGUGAUCCUCUGGAUGAAGAAAAUGAAGAAUGUCAAGAAGUAGGAUAUGCGUAUCUUGAGCUGUGGCAGGUCCUUGAAUCAGGAAGAGACAUUCUGGAACAAGAACUAGAGAUUGUCAGCCCUGAAGACCAGGCUAUCCCAAUAGGAAGGCUGAAGGUUUCCCUCCAAGCAGCUGCUGCCCUCCAUGAUGUUUACAAGGAGAUGAAUGAAGAUUUGUUUCCCUGAAGGAACAAGUGCUAUUCCAUUCUAAAAUCUGAGUGAAAGUCUCUUAGAAAGUAACUUGCUAUACUGUAAGUUUAGUUUAUUGUGCUACCUAGUCUCUCUCAUCAUAAUGGUGAGAAUGUUUGUGAAACUGAACUUCUAACACCUAGUACUUUAAUAGGUGAGACUUGCUUUCAGGAAUGGAAAAUAAAAGUCACAAAAGGUGAAUUUACAAAAACAAAACAAAAACCCAGUUUAUUUAUCUUUUAGUUUUUCCAAAAUUUGAAAAUAUCAAGUACUACUGCUAAGGAGAAAACAAACAUAAAAUCUGAGACCCCUCCCCACUUCUUCUCUUAAAAGUCACAGAACACGAAAGGAAGUGCAGGGGGACAGGUAGUGCUGAAAACAGGAAGGGAGGAUGGCAGGAUAAAAUUCCCCCAAUAC